AUAUCUGUUUUGAUAAAACAUCGGACUCGAUAUGCAAUAAUCAUUUUAACAACAUGGAGUCGCUUCCCGAGAAUAUCGAAGAAUAUAAAAAAUUUAAAGUUGUAGAUCUCAAGCAGUUUUUGUCAAAUGUUGGACUUCCAACUAAUGGCUUAAAAGCAGAUUUAAUUGAAAGAUUAUACAACUAUAAAGUUGAGUCAUCAGAAAAUGUAGAGAAAGAAAAAAAUGAGGAAGAAGGUGACAAUGUUGAUGACAAUGUUGAAAUGGAGGAACAGUCACCAUCUCCACAACAGCCUGACCAACUUGAGCCAGCUGGUGAAGCAUGGGUACCUCCCCCUCCUGAUAGUAAACCACCCCCUCAAACAGCUCCCCCACCACCCACACAGGUGCUGCCCCCACAACCUCCACCCCAGCAGGUAGUUCCAGAACCACCCUCCCCUCCUGAGCAGUCAACCCUCGCACCACCUCAGUCUGCUCCUCCACAACCUCCAGAACCCAAAGAUAAUUUGGAUUCAGACCCUGAUUUCCAGAGGAAACUAGCCAUUCAGAGGCAGCUGAUUAGUGAGGAGGAACAGAAGAAACAGAAGGAGGCAGCAGCCUUAGCCCAGCAAGCUAUCCUCCUCAGCCAGAGGGGUGGCUCUGCUGCUGCCCCUCCCCAACCCCCAGCUCCAGCCCCACCCCCCAGUGGUGACUUGAUGGAAAAGGUCAGACAGCAGCAGGUCAUGAUAGAGAUGGAAAAGCAACAGAGUAUGAGGAAAAUGCAAGAAGAGGCAAUUAAUAAGGCAGAACAGGAUCGUCGUAUGAAUGAAGCAGAACUGAUGCGUCAGCAGCAAAUUGCUUUGAUGAAGGCACAAAGGGAGGCCCAGGAGAAACGGAUACAAGAACAGCAACAGCAGCCACCACCAGUUCCUCCCAUGCAUGUGGCUCCUCCACAGCCCCCCAUGCAGCCAGGGGUGCCUCCUCCACCCCCAGGGUUAGCAAUGAUGCCUCAGCCAGGAGCUGUGCCCAUGAACAUCCCAGGACAAGGCACCAUUCCCCAGCAGUCUGUCAGUCUGCCCCCACAAGUACCCAUGCAGCCAGCCCCAGCAAUGCCCACACAGAGUGGUAUCCCGCCUCAAGUGGCAAUGGCUACACCACUGAUACCACCUGGCAGCAUGGUGGCUCCAGGAAUGAUGAUGCCAGGGGGUGGUCAGCCAGGUUUGAUCCCACCAGGCUCUCAGACAUUACCGGUACCUCCAGGCACCCAGAUCCCAGUCACCCACCCUCCCAUGCACCAGGCACCCCCUCCACCUGGUACACAGCCUGUAUCUACACAACCUCCAGCCCAGGAGAGACCGGCCACUACUGCCCAGUCAGACGUGGAAAAACUGCCUCCACCUCAGUUGGAAUCUGGAUCAUCAAAGGAUAUAAAAUUACCCCAAGCCCUGGAGAAGGUGUUAGCAUUCAAAGAUGUCAGAGCCCAAGAAGUUGGUGUGACACAUGAAGAGAUAGAACAGAUGAACACUCCAAUGGAGAGAAAUGUUGAUGAAGAGGAUGGGAGCGAAGAUGUUGGGUAUGGUACAUAUGACAUGGAAGAAGAUGAGGAGGAAUCCUCCAAAGCCAGCGCUGCAAAAGAGUCCAAGAAUAAGAAACGGAAAAAGAAGAAGAAGAAGGCAAAGAAAAAUCGACUUUUACAACAGCAGCAAAACAAGGAGCCAGACACUCCUACAGAAGACGACGUUCAAGUGGAGUAUGUUCAGGAGCAACUUGAACUUGACCCAACUGAUCCAAACUACUUUACCUUUACCAAGAUUUUUGAUGCUUUCAAGAUCACAGAGGAAAAGAAAGAGGAUAAAGCUGACAAAAAGGAAGAACUGAAGAAGGAAGAUCUUCCAAAGAAAAUGGAGGAAGAUGACAUGGAUGAUGAUAGUGAUGAUGAGGACAUGGUCAAGAAGGAUGAAGAUGAACCCCAUAAACUAUCAAAGAAGAAGUUGAAGAAAAUGACAAGGUUGAGCGUAGCUCAGCUCAAACAAUUGGUCAGUAGACCUGAUGUUGUGGAGAUGCAUGAUGUCACUGCACAGGAUCCACGUCUGUUAGUGCACCUAAAGGCUACCAGGAACACGGUCCCGGUGCCCAGGCAUUGGUGCUUCAAGAGGAAGUACCUGCAAGGAAAGAGGGGUAUUGAGAAACCUCCAUUUGAGUUGCCUGACUACAUCAAAGCUACGGGAAUCAUGGAGAUGAGAGAAGCUCUUGCUGAAAAGGAAGAUCAAAAGAAUUUGAAAGCUAAGAUGAGGGAGAAGGUUCGACCAAAGAUGGGUAAAAUUGACAUAGAUUACCAGAAACUCCAUGAUGCUUUCUUCAGGUGGCAGACCAAACCCAAAAUGACAAUUCAUGGGGAUCUUUAUUAUGAGGGAAAAGAAUUUGAAACCAGACUGAAAGAAAAGAAGCCUGGAAAUCUCUCAGAUGAACUAAAAACAGCUCUUGGAAUGCCACUGGGACAUAAUUCAGAGAAAUUCCCCCCUCCCUGGCUUAUUGCCAUGCAGAGAUAUGGACCUCCCCCAUCAUAUCCCAAUCUCAAGAUUCCAGGCCUGAGUGCCCCAAUACCUGAGGGUUGUUCAUUUGGUUACCAUGCUGGUGGUUGGGGCAAACCUCCAGUCGAUGAAAAUGGUAAACCACUUUAUGGUGACGUGUUUGGUACACAAAGUUCAGAGUUCCAGACCCCACUGCCAGAGGAAGAUGUAGAUAAAUCUUUAUGGGGAGAAAUGGAAGAAGAAUCUUCAUCAGAAGAAGAAUCAGAAGAAGAGGAGGAGGAUGAAGAAGAUGCUUCAGGCCUUGUCACUCCUGGACCAGAAGGAUUGGUGACACCCAGUGGAAUCACCUCUGUGCCUAUGGGAAUGGAGACUCCAGAUAUGAUAGAGCUGAGAAAGAAGAGGAUUGAGGAUGCCAUGGACCAGGGAGGGGAAACUCCAGCUCUCUACACGAUCUUACCCGAGAAAAAAGCUGCUGUGGGUGGUGCCAUGAUGGGUUCGGCCCAUGUGUAUGACACAACAGCGGUAACAGCAAGUAAAAAAGACAAGCCUGGCACAGAGGGCAUUGAGGUGGCCUUGAACCCUGAGGAGUUGGACCUGGACUCAGCAGCCAUGCAGGCCAAAUACGACCAGACGAUGAGAGAGAAGCAGAACCAGCUGGAGAAGGAGGACCUGAGUGAUAUGGUGGCUGAACACGCUGCUAAACAAAAGAAAAGGAAAAAGCAGCAACAAGACAGUGGGAAAGCUGCCAAAAAAUACAAGGAAUUUAAAUUCUAAUAGAAUAUAUAUGACUCAUUUUCAUUGUUAGCCAGUCAGUGAAAUUCAGAGGAUUUGUCAUACAACAUUGUCAUUGACUUUUAGUCAUAUUUCUCAGAACUCAUCUAGUAAAAAAAAAAAAAAAUUCACAUUUUACUUUAUUCUACAUGUGUCUCUGUAUGUAUGUAAUACAAAAAUGCCUGGAUAAAAACCUAUAAAAAUUG